UGGCACCUACCUCCAGCCCAGGGGCAUUGCCCCGGCACUACCCUGCCAGCGUGUGUGGCUGCGUGAAGCUGAGGCCUGCUACCCGGAGCCUUCAGAGUGAUCACGGACCUUUACAAGCCCUAUGUCGCUGGACCCCCAGAACACAGAACAUGGCAGAUGGGGCACAGGCCAACCCCAAAGUGUUCAGGAGGAAGGUGCUGGUUAGGCACUCCUCUGGGUUGAGGGGCCCACGUCUCAGGGUCUCUUCUUGGAGAACCUCCAGAUCUAGCCUGGGUAUGAAGAAACUCUUCACCAUGGUCGUCCUGGCCGGCAGCGUCCUGCCCGUGGCCCGCAGCAGCCUGCUCAACCUGAAGUACAUGGUGGAGGCCAUCACGGGAAGGAGCGCCAUCCUGUCCUUCGUGGGCUACGGCUGCUACUGUGGGCUGGGAGGGUACGGGCUGCCCAUGGACGAGGUGGACUGGUGUUGCCAUGCCCACGACUGCUGCUACCAGAAGCUCUUUGACCUGGGCUGCCACCCCUAUGUGGACCACUACGAGUACACCAUCGAGAAUAACACUUCGAUCGUCUGCAGUGAGCUCAACGAGACGGAGUGUGACAAGCAGACCUGUGAGUGCGACAAGAACGUGGUUCUGUGCCUCCAGAACCAGAAGUACAAUGAGAAGCAUCGCAACUACCUCAACAUCUACUGUCAGGGCCCCACGCCCAACUGCAGCAUCUAUGAGCCGCCCCUGGAGGACGCGGCCUAUGGACACCUCUCCCCCACUCCCCCUGCACCUCCCUAGUGCCCUCUGGGGGCUGACAGAGAAGAGGGGUGGAGGUUCUGGCUCUGGGGACCAGACAGAUGGAGCAAGGGGAGGUGGGGAAGACUGGGAGCCCCGGGGGCUGCCUGGCUGCUUCCUCCCUGGAGCCCUCUGGCAAGACGGGCCCCAGAGGACUCUGGAAGGCCUGGGCCCUGGCUGUGCCCCCCAGGGUCCUCCGGCCUGACACUGGGCAUGGCUGGGUCCUGCUGCGGGUCCUAGACUUGGCAGGGAACAUGUGGCCUGUUGGGGCCUCUCCUGAGUGUGGAAGGCAACGCCGUUGCCACGGGCCCCAGCCUGACUUCCUCAGCCUCACCCUGAAGGUUGGACCCCGGAGGCUUAGAGACCAAGAUCCGGAGCUGCCAGUGCAGCCAGAGCUUGCUGUGUCCUCAGACGGGUUCCCAGACAGAAGGGGUGCCGGUCCCAAAGCCUGGGCCCUGGGGCCCUCUUGGCUGCCCCUAGGAGAUGACUCAGGCUGAUCCUUGCUUUGAGGGCCUAGUGGCGAUCUAGAACCCCAUUAAGGGUGAGGGGCCCCGAGUCCAGGCCCAGACCUCACAAGAUGGCCACAGAGCUUAGUGUCUCAGCCCCCAAGUCUGGCCUCAGAGCAGCCUCCAGGGCUCUGACAACACUCGCCGGCCUGCCCUGCCUGCCCACUGAGCCGGCCCUACAAUACUGCCCUGUUCUGAGGAGGGGCAGAGUUUAGUCCCAACUCCAGCCUCCUGGGACCCCGACAGACAUGGAGGGGACAGGGCCCUCCCCCGCCCCCCGCCUCCCCUCCUGCAGCAGCCAGGCCAGUGGGUAGAAGGACCCUAGGCCCCUCUCUCCCUGCCAGGGAGAGGCGAGGCUGCACCCCUGGGUCCGACCCAUCUCCAUGAAGGGGGAAACAAAGUCAGGAGGGACCAGGUAUGGGGAGGAGGCAGUGGGGAAGAUUGGGGAAGGCAGGGGGAGGGAGAAGUCUGAAGAGGGAAGGGUGGGGAGAAGGGGGGAGAGAGGUGAGACGUCCAGACCAGAGUGGCAGGAGAAGUGGGGUGAAGGAGCCUGGGCUGCAGGGCCCCCACUGAGGCCUUGGGAUUGCGGGCAGAGGCCGAGGAGGGUCAGCCUCAGUGGGACCAGGUUUCCUGACCCUGCGCCAGCAUUGCUGUUUCUCCAGGUGCACCCUCCCCUGUCCUGCUUGCCUCGCCUCGCCUCUUGACCUCGAGUUCAGCGGCCUUCCAGUAGCCCGAGUAGCCCGCACGCCCUGCCUACCCCCGAGGACCCAGUGACAGCACUGUGACCCACCCGGACACCGAGAGCAGCCGUCAGGAAUCUCCACCCGCCCUGCCAGUACCAGUACCCUGUAGACCACUGCCAUUAGGGAUGGUCAAGAAAGGCAGAGGCAAGGGAGGCAUGGGGCUGGGGAGAGGAGGUCUACCCCAAACAUAGCAGGACUGGCAGGAGCCUUGCCGAGCUGCAGCUUCUAGAACACCAGGCUUGGGGACUGAGGAUGAAGCUUCUGGUUGGCAUCUGUGGUCACUAUGCGUGAGAGAAGGCCUUGCCACCACUCGCCUUCUGCUGACUGUCGUGGUGUGGCGGCUGUGGUCCCCUGUGAGCCUCAUCACUGACAUCUUCUUGUUCACAAACUACCCUCUCCUGGCCAUCUUGGGUGGACCUGUUAUCUCUGAGCCAAGUCAGGGGUGGAGCCAGGAUGGGGCACCCAGAGUCCCCCCUGGAGGUGGGGUCAGCAGAGGCCUCUGCCCUCACCCAGGGAGCCCAGGUGUCUGGCUGUGCCCCUUCAUCUUGCACAUACCUCCACUCCAGAGACUCUGGGUCUGUGUGCUGGGAUGAGAUUCUGCUGCCAAGGAGUCUUGCCUGCCCCCCCACCCCCCUUCUUGCCCCAGCCUGUCUGGGAUGCUGCACCCCAGAGACUCUCCACAGGAUUCAGCUCCCCAUCCUCAAUCUAAUAAAGGCCUCCUGCCUCAGCUC